AUGGCGACCCGCGCUGAGAUCUCGCCAGGAUCUCGAUGUCCUCUGCCUGCUACCGGGAAAAAUGAUGCAUGGCACACGCGUCUCGCGUCCUUCUUCCAAAAGUGCACCACAGCACACGCCUCACGUUUGCGCUUCCGUCCGACAACUGCCUUCUUUUCUGCGGCGCUCCUCGGCGGGGGGGCCUUUUCUCUCGCUUCUUCGCUUUCGGCUCCUGAGGCCUCUCUGUCUCUUUCUCCACUGUUUUAUCCGCAGAUUUACCCGCCGCGCACCGCGGUCGCUACGCCGCUGGCGGUUGGGGUCUCGAGCUGCCGCGAGGCUUCAACUUCCGCCCGCAAAGUCUCUGCGCCUCACUCUCCUUCUCGUGCUCCUGCAUCCUCGUCCGAUGAGCCUUCCGUCUCACCCGCAUCCCCCGAAUUGUCUUCUCCUCUCUUGAUCCGACCCGCUUCGUCCCCACACUCUGAUGCCACCGGUUGGCUUCCUUACAGGGGCGUCGCGUCGCCCGCAGAGCUUCCGCGCAUCGCUCGUUUGCCGCCUUCUCUCCUCUUCCCGCGAGAGACGGCAAGCAAGCGCGGGCCUGCAGCUCGCCCGUAUUCUCCCUCUUCGUCGUCGACCCCGCUGCCGUCGCCCUCGCUGCCUAGCGUGCCGCCUGGUGGCGCUUCUUUGAAUUUGUCCGUGGGCUGUUUGACGCCGCCUCCAACUUCGCAAUCCUGUCCAGCGCGGCCGUCGCCGUACUGCCUCCCUUCCGCGGCCGUCGCUUCUACGCCGCUUGCCUCAGAUUCCUGCGAAGCUCCGUGCGAGCCUAUUCAUCUGCAACGUCUUCCGACAUCCUCUGGAUCUCCUUCGGCCUCGCUCUCUGCGUUUGUCUCGCUUCCCGCCUCGGUUGCUGUUUCGUCCUCGGCGGCUUUGUCUCUCUGCGCCACUUGCGCCUCUUCUGUGGAGCCGGUCGGCGGUGCCGCCGCUUCAGAGACCUCCGAAGGACAGGCCGGCGGCGAGGCCAGGGAAGCAGAGAGACACACGAGACGCAUGGGACAUCAACGGCGCGCCUCGCUCCUUGUUGACUCCUUUGGCAGAAUACACACCUACUUGCGAAUUUCUCUAACCGAAACCUGCAACAUGAAGUGCUCGUACUGCUCGCCGCCGGGUGGAGCCUCUUCGAGCUGCGGGUCCCUUCCCCAAGUUGAAACCAGCGCGCCGUCUCGCCAUCGGAGAAGUGCUGCAGCGGCGGUUUCUUCCCAACCGUGUCUCCCGCCCGCGCCUAUGCCUCCCUCUUCGUGUUCCGGGGUUUCUAAACCCUGCAGCUAUCCUUCGUCUUCCCUGUCGAGGGCCUCGGCCCCCGCGACCGUCGCGGCGUCCGCCCGAGCUCCUUUCGCCUCUGGGGCCUGCCCUGCGCAUCUCGGGGCGUCUCCUUCGGCUCGUUCAGCGCCUGCCUCGAAGCGACUUGAAGAGAGAAAUCGGUUUCUCUCAGCCGACGAGAUCGUCCGCGUUGCUUCUUUUUUUUUGGAGAACGGAGGCAUGAAAAUCCGCCUGACAGGAGGGGAGCCGACUGUGCGGCGGGACUUUGCUUCAAUUCUUCACCGCUUGGCGGGGUUGCCUGGCUUGGAGACUCUCGCAUUGACGACGAACGGCCUGCGCCUCCUCAGAGUUCUUCCGCAGCUCAAAGGGGCCCGCGUGAAUGCUGUUAACGUGAGCCUCGAUAGCUUAAACGCGGAGCGCUACUCUCGAAUCACUGGAAUUAACGCGUUCAACCGCGUUUGGCAGGGAAUCAUGCAACUUCUGGCUGAGGACUUCUGCGUGGUGAAGCUGAACGUCGUCUUACUCCGCGGCGUGAACGACGAUGAAAUCGAGGCAUUUGCAGCGCUUACGAAAGACCUCGCGAUUCACGUCCGCUUUAUCGAGUUCAUGCCUUUCCAAGGCAACGGGUGGGACGCUGACGCAGUUGUCACGAAGGAUGAGAUUCUCGCGCGACUCCGGCAGGCGUUCCCCUCGCUGCAGCCAGUGCCAAAGAAAACGAACUUCGCGAGUGGCGGCGACCGUGACCGAGAACAAGUGGAAGGAGUUGAAGGAGGUCAGUGCGAUGCAGGCAGAGCGCAGCCGCGCGGAGCGAGCCCAAAGGAGGGACGAUCAAGUUGCAUAAAGACACGAGCUGGAGAGAGUUUUGAGGAAAAUCAUGGAAACGGAAGCGCACACGCAGAGCAAGGAUGCAGAGAAGAAACGCGGAGGUGCGAGAAACGAGGAGAAAGCGCGUCACUCUUCUACAUUCCUGGACACGCAGGCUGCAUCGGAAUCAUCUCCUCCAUGAGCGAUGCGUUCUGCUCAACGUGCACGCGACUGAGAUUGACUGCGGACGGCCACCUGAAGAACUGCCUAUUCUCGUCCGCCGAAUUUCCCCUUUUGCCUGCUCUACGUUCCGCUUCUCAUUCGGCUUCAUCCGCCGCUGAGGACGCACGAGCCCCUUCCUUUCUUCCCUCGGGAACGUCUUUUCUGUCGUCGUCGUCCAUCUUCUCUCCCGCCUCAUCUUCUCCCCUGACCGGUUCGUCGCUUCCUUGCCCAUCCACUUCUUCUGUUUCUUCUUUUCCACUGGCCUCUCGUUCUUCUGAUGCCUCGGCUGAUUGGGGAGCAGCGAGUGACAACGAGCAGCUGAGGCGAAUUUUCGCGCAGGCGCUCAAGGAGAAGAAAGCCUCGCACGGCGGCAUGCUGAACGUGGCCGCACACGCCAACUCGAGGAGGGCGAUGCUUCGGAUCGGGGGGUAG